AUGGAGAACAGCUCAUUGCCUUAUUACCCUGAGGAUUCCGACUUAGUGGUGACAGUGACAGCCUGUGCUUACAUACUCUAUCCAGCAACUGUCAUCCUUGGAAUUCCAUGUAAUAUAUUUGUUCUGAUCAGAAUGAUCAGACUAUCGAAGAAGUCUAAAGAUCUUUACAACAAUGGAGCUGGACUAUGUCUCUUCAUUAUGGCGAUUGCCGAUAUCGUGUCCCUUCUAUCCAUUACUGUACACUAUACUCUCUCGAUCACUUCUGAAACUGUCAUCACUUCCAACUAUUUACACCAAGUCUCCAUGAACUUGAUAUGCAAGACUACCUUAUUUUCGAUGCAUGUUGCCACCUGCGUUUCCAUCUGGAGCUGGCUCUUGAUGUCAACUCUCAGAUAUCUCUCUGUUUAUCACCCUCUUGUCUAUAUCCGGCUAUGGAAGUUACCUUACAAGGUCAUGAUGCUCGUCAUCUGUUUUGCUUCUAUUUUCAAUCUAUGGCUUUUGAUUGCUGUUGUUAAUGAUCCAGAAGGUGGAUGUACGAUCACAACAAUUGCAAAUUCGACUUUGCUUAGUCGGAGCUUCCUCCUGCUAGAAUCUGUUGCAUCUUUUGUUAUUCCAACAAUCACAAUCAUAUAUGUAGAUGCUUCUGUGCUUUUAGGACUUCGCUUUCAUUUCCAACAGAAACAGGAAAUUCGCAAGAAUGUGUCUCAGCCGGCUCAUAAGUCCAACCAUUUCCUAUUCCGAUGGUUGUCAUUCGCUCUGAUUGAUAUUGGUUUGAAUGCUCCUGACAACAUUGCUCGUAUAGCUGGUAUACUGGGAAUCAUCCAACCGUCGAACAGUGAUGGAUAUUAUAUUUACAACUGCUUGGCUAAGCUUCUAUACUAUUCCCAGUUCGGCUUCAAUGGCGUUUACUUGGCACUCUUCAUAUACGAUAAGUCAACCAGACCUACUAAGAUUCGUAUCAUCGAGGGAGGAAUAUCAGAUAGAUCCAAAGACGUUGUCAUGUUGAAUGAAGCAACACCUUCUCAACAUGAAACAGAAGAGAAGCUACUUCAGGCAAGUACCACUGUGUGA